AAUCGCUCGAUUGUUAGCUUUGUGGGACACUCCAUUGUUGCGAAACAAACCCAUUGUUACAAUUACUUUUUCAUUGUUUACAACACCUCUGGACACAAUGCCAAACUUGACGACAUCGAAAAACGAGCAUAAUGGAUCAAUUAACAGCAAAUCUUCGAUAAACGAUAGCUCCGCGUCCCCGAGAAGAGAAGAGGAAAAAAGAACACUCGAAGAACUUCAAACACCAAAGAAGUCUGCGGUAGUCAAAAAUGGUUUACCCAACCAUUCUACACCGAAAGGCAAGACUAAACCGCCCGAGUUCUUGUCUCCUACAACGCCAGUUCAAAAGACUGUAGAUGUUCUUAAAUCGACAUCGGAAUCAGCAUCGCCUGGCAGUCCGGGCGGCUUCAAAGGAUUCACGAUCGACCCGAUGAGUCAAACAUUUUUGCGCAUGCCUCAUAUGUACCACAGUCUUCAAGCCCAAUUGCAACAGAGUAAUUCUCCGAAAGUCAAACGGCCGAUGAAUGCGUUCAUGAUUUGGGCGAGGCUCUAUCGAUCGACGAUCGCCAAGCGGUAUCCGAACGCGAACAAUGCCGAGAUUAGUGUCAAGCUAGGAGAGAUUUGGAAUGACUUAUCCACGGAACAGCAACGGCCGUACUUUGACGAAGCUUCUCGUUUGAAGGAGAAACACAGAACGGAACAUCCAAAUUGGGUUUACCAGCCGAGACCUUCAAAACGACGCCUGACCUAUAUGACGAGCAAUAGCCCCGGCUCUGGAAUGCAAUAUAACAAUGGUUCUUUAGGCUAUCACUAUCUCCACAGUCCGCCGUCCGACGGUAGUAGCACUUCGCUCUCGCCCCAGUCGAUGCGUGAACGAGGAAACUCUUUGUUCUGCUACCCACCCAGAAAUCUCAAAGACGCACUUAACAUGGUACAUUCACAUCGAAUUCCUCCGGGCAUGAAUAGAUCGAACGAGAGCUCAAGGGGUGCGGAAUUUUCUUCUGGCAUCGAGCAAGAUUUCGUUAAAAGCUUGUUCUCAAACGAAGAGCGAAAUGCUGCGCACAGGAAAGAAAACGGGUGCGCCUCCUUCGACAGCAAAAAGGAGCAGGAACAGGCUGUGGACUGGCUCAAAGUUGAAGCGGCAAAAUUUGAAGAGGAGCAAAUGGCGGCGAGGCGCGCUCAGCAAAACUGCAUCGUCAACGAUGCUAUGUUACCCACUGUCAAUCACGUGACAGACGAGCAAGAACAAGUAGCCAAGAUAAAACAGGAAAUGGACAGUGAUGGAAGCGAGUUAGACAGGUACUUAGCCGGGCUGGACGAAACGAUUAAAGAAAGUCUUGAAAAACUCAACGAAGUACCUGAUGAAUUGGACUUAAUGGAUGACGAAAGUUUAGACAUGCUGAGUGACAUCGAAGAUGUCAGUAAUGACUAAAUGGAGAAAGCAACUAAGCGAAUCGAUAAAUGUGAAUAUUUACGAAUAUUUUUAUUCCUGAAUAAAAAUAUAUAGAUGGAAGAAUUGUAUCUUUUUUACUGCGUGGUUUAAAACCAGACCGGGCGAACUGAGAGUGUAAAAUUUUGACAUAGCAGUUUCAGAAUGCAGGGAUAUUAAGUUUCGAGGUUAUCAUAACCGCUGAACUUAUACUAAAGCUAAUACCAAAGGAGGAUUUGUGCAGUGGAGUCUAAAGUAAAAUCAUCGCAAAUACCGGCAGAAAAGGUCUAAAUCAUGAAAAUGAAACAAUCGACAGCUUGUGCGAUAAAUAGUUCAUGUCCUCAUAUAUAAUAAUGCUUGUAGAUAUUUGACUUCAGACUGAAACUAAAGCUGUUAAUCUUGCCUUUUUAUGCUCUUUAGGUUAACGACGGCCAGUGUGUCGAGCGUAGAUCAACCAAUACCUACGGUCUGUUCAGUGCUGUGAAUCCACCCUCCCUCUAUUUUUGAACGAGUAGGCAUAGAUUUGAGGUCCUUUCGGCAAUAAAACGCCGCGUACAUUACUUGCAAAAACUAUCGGAAGUUAUAUUUCGGACGUUUAAUUUUCGAAUGCGUUUUUGUCUCAUUUUGAACAAAUUUCGCAGAAACAUUUUUGACACUGCUGAAACGUAGCAAAAGUAAAUUAAAAUUUGCGCCAACACAAAACACGAAUCAGACUGAAACAACAUCUGAAAACGAUAGUUUUACUGCACUCCUAAGGUUUUACAGAUUCACCGAUAAGAGCUGAAAAACAACACUAAUAAUAAUAAUAAUAAUAAUAAUAAUAAUAAUAAUAAUAAUAAUAGACUUGUAUAGCGCUAGAACUAUGCAAACAUAACCUUAUCAAGUUGUUACGUAUUCCAAGCAGUGACUAAACUACUGUAUAUUCCGGCGCCUUGAAUACACGUGAUGGUGUCGUCCAAGGAAGUACCUACAGAAAAGGUUUUAAACUGUACCGCGAUGUAAAUCUUUCAGACG